AAAUCUCUGGCUGCGUAUUUUCAAGUCAUUAGACCAUGAACACUGUGAGCAUGAACAUUACAAUAGACCCCAACAAGAUCCCUAAAAUCAACAAGUUACCAGCAGAUGAUAAGAUUUAUUUGGGACCGAAUUUUGGGGGACGACGGCUGAACUGGAAGAACGGCUGCGAUGGAGAAACUAGCGCUAGAGCCACAUCCGGAGCAUCAGUAAAACUCGACGCAGUGCCAGACUCGACUACAAACAAGCCUGCGCUAUCAGAGGAGGAAAUGGAGAAACGCUCUAAAUCCAUUAUUGAGGAGUUUCUACACAUAAAUGAUUACAAAGAGGCCUUGCAUUGCGUGGAGGAACUGGACCAGGGCGAGAUGCUGUACGUUUUUGUUCGGGUGGGUGUGGAGACCACGCUGGAGCAAAACCAGAUCACACGUGACCACGUGGGUCAUCUGUUCCAUCAGCUGCUGCAGGCUGGGAUCCUCUCCACAUCUCAGUUUUUUAAAGGGUUCUCAGAAACCCUCGAGAUAGCAGAUGAUAUGGCGAUUGACAUUCCUUAUGUAUGGCAGUACAUAGCGGAGCUCGUUAAUCCUGUGCUUCGGGAAGGAGGAAUCUCUUUGAGAGAAUUAUUAAUUGAAUUUAGCAAACCACUACUUCCUGUGGCAAGAGCCGGCAUAUUAUUUGCAGAAAUAUUGCAGCUUCUCUGCAAACACAUGAGCCAAAAGGAAGUGGAGGCCUUAUGGAGGGACUCUAAACUGAGCUGGGCUGAUUUUCUUCCUGAAACCGUGGAUGGGAACAACUUCAUUACUGAGCAGACCUGAUGAAGUCUGAUGAUCUGAAGAGGGUGGAGCUGAGACUUCAGACAGCAGACGGAC